AUGUUAAAGAGAAUUUCACUACUGUUCCCUGGCCAGGGUAGUCAAUUUGUUGGUAUGGCUAAAGACUUGUUCGCCGAGUUUGCCGAAGUACAGUUACUGCUAAACAAUGCUGAUAAGAUAUUAAAGAUACCAUUGUCAAACAUCAUGUUUAAUGGUCCUAUGGAACAAUUGAAACAAACUGAAAAUACACAACCAGCUGUAUUCUUACAUUCAUUGGCCAUAGUAAAGAUACUACAAAAUGAAACAACAUUGUUCAAAGACAAUAGAGUAGAUCAUAUGCUCGGACAUUCACUGGGCGAGUACUCUGCGCUGGCUACAGCAGGAUCUAUCGAUAUCGAGAGUACUCUACCGUUGAUAAGACAACGUGGAAUGUUAAUGAAACAAGCUAGACAUGGUACGAUGGCUGCAUUGCUAUCAAAGAAAGACUUUCUUGUUGCAGAUAGCAAUAGCAGUAAUGGUGGUAGUGCAUUUAAAAGAUUAGAAGAAUAUGCUAGAGAGUUGGAAAGAAUCGAUCCAACGAAUGAUCUUGUUAAUAUAUCGAAUGUCAAUUCACCUAAUCAAAUAGUGAUAAGUGGAACCGAGAGUGCCAUUGAUAAGAUGAUUAGCUUUGCAAAGCAGAACAAACUGGUCAAUAAAACAGUGAAGCUAGAGGUUAGUGCUGCAUUCCAUAGUCAACUGAUGAAAGACAGUUCAGAUCAAUACAACAAUGAUUAUUUGAAUCAUAUUGAUUUCAAACAACCAUCCAAUCAAGUUAUAUCAAAUGUUACAGGUAAACCAUAUACAAAUAGUAACAACAUUAAAGAGUAUCUAUCACAACAGAUGGUAUCAAAAGUUGAUUGGGUAUCAUCGAUUAGAUAUUGUAUAGAUGACUGGAAACAAAAAGAACAACAAGGCUACUUUAUUGAGAUAGGUCCGCAAAAAGUAUUGACACAACUUCUCAAACAAAUAGAUCCAACCGCUGAAUAUAUAAAUCUAUCUACCAUCGAUGAAGUAAAAGAUUUCAUUAAUAAAUAUAAAGAAAAUAAACUGUAA